AUGUGUAGUAUCUCGGCCACCGGGACUGGCUGUUCCUCCAUUCAUGUGAGCACAGCCACUCAGCUGAGCGAGGAGGAGGAGGAGGAGGAGGAGGGGCGAGAGGGAAACCCAGGAAGGGGUUACAAAUAUCGCGUUGCUGCUGUCGCCCCGUCAAGCCUGCAGUCGCUCGGCUGGACAGCAUCAAAGCGCACAGACCUCUGGCAAAAUGUCAAGGAUGCUCCGAGAAGGAGCGCAGACCGCAGAGACAGCAGCAUGACUGGGACACAGGACACGGGUCUCCUGCUGGGUCAAAACACAGAAGGGUCAAGAGAUUGUUUUAGUGAGGGGAAAUCCCCGCCAGGAGCCCCCGCCGCUCUUCAUUACGCCAUGGAUGACUCGGGGAUAAUCCGGCGCCGGAGGCUGCAGGAUUUGCCACUGCCUCGCAAAAACAGCAGUUGUCGUACAAGCAACAGGAAAAGCCUGAUCCUGACCACAUCUCCCACGCUGCCUCGCCCACACUCCCCUUUGCCUCUCCCUGGACACCUCGGAAGCAGCCCUCUGGACAGCCCACGAAACUUCUCCCCCAGCAACCCGGCACACUUCUCCUUUGCCUCCUCCAGAAGAGCGGAUGGACGGCGAUGGUCUUUGGCAUCUUUGCCCUCUUCUGGAUAUGGCACCAACACUCCCAGCUCAACGUCCUCCAGCUCCUCGCAGGAGCGGCUGCACCAGCUGCCCUUCCAGCCAACCAUGGAUGAGCUCCACUUCUUAUCCAAGCACUUUGGCAGCACGGAGAGCAUCACAGAUGAUGAUGGGGGCCGCUGCUCUCCCCACAUGCGCCUGCGCUCCCGCAGCCUCAGCCCGGGACGCUCCUCCUCCUGCUAUGAUAACGAGAUAGUCAUGAUGAACCAUGUGUACAAAGAGCGUUUUCCGAAGGCCACAGCACAGAUGGAGGGGAAGCUGGCUGAGUUCAUCCAGGCUUUCUCUCCUGAAAAUGUUCUUCCACUCGCUGACGGAGUCCUCAGCUUCAUCCACCACCAGAUAGCUGAGCUGUCCAGAGACUGCCUGGCCAAAGCCCGCGAGGGCCUCAUCACUUCUGUCUACUUCUUUGAGCUGCAGCAGAAUCUGGAGAAGCUGUUUCACGAUGCCUUCGAGCGCUCAGAGAGCACCGAGGUAGCCUUCGUCACAGAGUUGGUGAAGAAGCUUCUCAUCAUCAUCUCGCGGCCUGCCAGGCUUCUGGAGUGUCUGGAGUUUAACCCUGAGGAGUUUUACCAUCUGCUGGAGGCGGCAGAGGACCACGCCAAGGAGGGUCAUCUGAUGAAAACGGACAUUCCUCGUUACAUCAUCAGUCAGCUGGGACUGACCAGAGACCCUAUCGAAGAGAUGGUAAACCUCGACAGCUACGACAGCGAGGGACCACUGACACCCGAAACAGAUGACUCGACAGAGGGGAAGAUGAGAGCAAUGAAACCACCAGGAGAAGCAGACUUCCAGACCAUCAAGCUGAUCAGUAAUGGAGCAUAUGGCGCCGUGUACCUGGUGCGUCACCUCGAGACGCGGCAGCGAUUUGCCAUGAAGAAGAUUAACAAGCAAAACCUGAUCCUGAGGAACCAAAUCCAGCAGGCCUUCGUGGAAAGAGACAUCCUCACCUUUGCAGAGAAUCCUUUUGUCGUCUCCAUGUUCUGCUCCUUCGAAACCCGUCGACACCUCUGCAUGGUCAUGGAGUACGUAGAAGGUGGAGAUUGUGCCACCCUGCUGAAGAACAUCGGGGCCCUGCCUGUGGAAAUGGCACGCAUGUACUUUGCAGAGACGGUCCUGGCUCUGGAGUACUUACACAACUAUGGCAUUGUACACCGUGACCUCAAGCCUGACAACCUCUUGAUUACCUCGAUGGGUCACAUCAAGCUGACAGACUUCGGCCUGUCUAAGAUGGGUCUGAUGAGUCUGACCACCAACUUAUAUGAAGGACACAUAGAGAAGGAUACGCGGGAGUUCCUGGAUAAACAGGUGUGUGGAACUCCAGAGUACAUUGCCCCUGAGGUUAUUCUUCGUCAAGGUUACGGGAAGCCAGUGGACUGGUGGGCUAUGGGCAUCAUCCUGUAUGAGUUCCUGGUGGGCUGUGUGCCUUUCUUUGGAGACACUCCAGAGGAGCUGUUCGGACAGGUCAUCUCAGAUGACAUAGUGUGGCCAGAUGGCGAUGAGGCCCUCCCUGUUGAUGCCCAGCACCUGAUCUCCUCCCUCCUGCAGACGAAUCCACUGGUUCGACUGGGCACAGGUGGUGCUUUUGAAGUGAAGCAGCACUCAUUCUUCACAGAGGUGGACUGGAACAGCCUGCUGAGACAGAAGGCAGAGUUCAUCCCUCACUUAGAGUCAGAGGAAGACACCAGUUAUUUUGACACCCGCUCUGAGCGCUACCAUCACGUGCAUUCAUAUGAUGAAGAUGACACCAACGACGAUGAGCCUGUGGAGAUUCAUCACUUCUCGUCCUGCUCCCCUCGCUUUAGCAAGGUGUACAGCAGUAUGGAGCACCUGUCCCAGCUGGAGCAUAAACCCCAUGCUGUGACUCUGAGAGAGCACAAGGUCCCCAGAGAGGAUCGAAUGGCCAAAAGAGAGAGCCUGGGAAGUGUCACCCUGAGGGACAAGAGCUGGAGGGCUGGAUCCCCUGAGAUGAAGCGCUUGUCCUGCUCUGAGUCCUCUUUCACUGAGAGUGACUCCAGCCCACCAUCCGGGACCCGGAGACGCUUCUCCGCCCUUAUGGAUACACACCGAUUGGCCUCCCCUCUGGAAGUCGACUCUGAGGUGCCCGUAUCCAGCAGGCAACCUCCAGUGAAGGCGAGGGGAACUUCCCUGGAAGGAGCAAUGGGCGCAGUCUCCUCUCAGGGUGAUCUGAGGUCAUACCUGAAAGACAGCAAUGGGCUCACAGCUGGAGAAAAGCUUUUGAGACCUGCUGAUGCAUCAUUGCCUCUACCAGGCAGUGCUACUGUUCUGGGGCUUCCAGACGCACAGGGGCCCCGCGGGGCCACCACGGACCUGGUGCUACGGAGAGUUCGCCACCAGCAGCUCUCAGCUGAGGGAGAAAAACGGACCUCACGACCAGGAACCAAAGUUAUCAAAUCUGCUUCUGCUACUGCUCUGUCUGUCAUCAUUCCUACAGUGGAACAACAUGGUGCUUCCCCUCUGGCGAGCCCCAUGUCUCCUCGCUCCCUCUCGUCCAACCCCUCCUCCCGUGACUCUUCUCCCAGCAGAGACUACUCUCCAAUGGUUAACGUCCUGCAUUCUCCCAUCACCAUCCAUCGCUCCGGGAAGAAGUAUGGCUUCACUCUCCGAGCCAUCAGAGUCUACAUGGGAGACAGUGAUGUUUACAGCGUACAUCACAUGGUCUGGCAUGUGGAGGAUGGAGGUCCCGCCCACGAGGCUGGACUUAGUGCUGGUGACCUCAUCACUCAUGUAAACGGGGAGUCGGUCCACGGUCUGGUCCAUACAGAGGUGGUGGAGCUCAUCCUGAAGAGUGGAAAUAAGGUGACCGUUACAACCACUCCCUUUGAGAACACCUCUAUAAAAGUGGGUCCUGCCCGCAAGUCCAGCUAUAAAUCCAAGAUGGCGCGACGCAGCAAGAGGACAGGGGCCAAGGAAGGACAGGAUAAGAAGCGCAGCUCCCUGUUCAGAAAAAUCACCAAGCAGUCCAACCUGCUCCACACCAGUCGAAGCCUCUCCUCUUUAAAUCGCUCGCUGUCAUCUGGAGACAGUCUCCCAGGCUCCCCCACCCACAGCCUCUCCGCCCGUUCGCCCACACAGAGUUACCGCUCCACUCUUGAAUCCCCUUACCUGGGCACCUCCUCCCAAAGCAGCUCUCCAGCAUCCAGCACCCCGAACUCCCCGGCAGCCUCUCACCACAUGAGGCCCAGCUCCCUGCACGGCCUGUCUCCCAAACUUCACCGCCAGUACCGCUCUGCUCGCUGCAAAUCUGCAGGCAACAUCCCUCUGUCCCCUCUGGCUCACACUCCCUCCCCGACCACCUCCUCUCCUCCGCCUCUCACCGGCCACACGGUAGGGAGCUCCAACACCACACAGAUAUUUCCCGCCAAGCUGCACUCCUCUCCUCCUGUCACCCGCCCUCGUCCCAAGAGCGCAGAGCCGCCCAGAUCCCCCCUGCUGCAGCGGGUGCAGUCGGCGGAGAAGCUAGGGGCACCGAUCCUGCCUUCCUCCUCUUCAUCGUCAUCGUCGCCCUCUCCUCUGACAGGUGGGGUGUCGUUACGCAAGCAUAGCCUGGAGGUGACGCAUGGGGACUACAGGAGAGAGUCUUUCCACUGUGAGCACAGCCUGCAAAGUCUGUUAGAGAUGGAGGGAGAGAAUGGACCUGCUCCCCCAUCUCCUUCAUCAUCUUCCUCCCCUUCUCCUCCCAUGGGAGGGGAGAUUGGAGGCCUGAAGCCUGCGAGGAGGCUGGGAAGGCAAGAAUCGCCGCUGAGCCGUGACACUCUGCUCACAGCAAGAGAGAAAGAUACCCAAACCACAGCGUCUGCGACCACCGCGUCACAAACUGAUAGCGUAGCUACUAAAGCUGAAUCCAAGACCAGUGUUGUUGAUUCAAGUAAAACAUUAUCCACUGCUGAGGUUCUAAAGAGCAGUGUAGGUACAGCUACAGUGGAGACCAAGUGUAGUCCAGCAUCGGUUUCAUCAGCUACAGAGACCAAGCCGAGCCCUGGGGACAAACCUCCAAAUGUAAGUGCUUCAAGUUCUGAGGCAACAAUCUCCAAGAGUAAACUCACAGAGAAAAUGUCAACUCCAGGAACAUCAAAGGGUGUCGGACAGCAAGAGAGUAAGCAGCAGAGCGCACAGACAGACAGCGGAGCUAAAACUAAAGCUCAGGAGAAGACUGAGGACAAAGUGAAAGGCCCUGCAAGUGCAGACAAAGGUAAUGUCCAGAAAGUGCCAUCUUCAGAGCAGUCAAAGCCACGAAAAGGUGCAGAGACAGGAGAGAAAGGAGGCAUCAGUGGCAGUGAUAAAUCAGCUGAGACGACCAAGGUUAAAGGUCCUGCACCCCCAGUCCCAUCCCAGGUUCAGACCCACACUACAGCUCAUGUGCCAGCUGCCACCAGAUCCAAAGCAGAGAAGGUAUCAAGCAGUUACCGUGGGGCCAAAGAGGAAAGGGCACACUUGGAAGUCCUGGAGGAGAAUCCCAUGUCGCCCUCCUCCAACGCAGCCUCUCCCUGCUCAAGCAAGUCUCGUCCCAUGUCUCCGGGGGAUAAAGCCAGCUUUGUCACCCAGCUCACAAGUGUUGCCAAAACAGUGCUGGGGCCAAUGAAAGGAGCAUCACAAGAGGGAGCCAAGGCAAAAGACACCUCCAAGUCGAGCGAGGAUAAGCGGGGAAACGCAGCCGGGAAAGCAGAGACUUCGUCUGGGGGCGGACGUCGGGGGGCUCAGACAGCAACCUCAGCCAGCGCUGGCACUGUCCAGUCUGAUAAGGAAACCAGUCGGAGCUCUAAGCAUCAUUCAUGAUACGAGAGCUUCAGAAAGAGUCAGACUCUCCCAUGUAAUGCCUUCUACUGUAGCAUCAUACUGACAUAUCAUGAAUUAACAUGACUUUGAAUGAAGGAGAGACGCUAAUGCCUGAAGAAAUAACACCAAAUAGAUGACAUGUGACAUGUAGACACAUAAGAUGUGAACAAAGAUGCAUCAGCUACUGUUGAAAAAAAAAAUGUGUGCACAUGGUAUCAUGAUGUAGUGUGUACUGUAUGUUCAUCACAAUGUGUUGUAUAUAGUUUAAAAACAAAAAAAGCAUAUGUCUUAAUGCAUGUCUAACAUUGUACAUGGAAAAUGAAAGAAUAUUUAAAAAGAAGGUGAAAAAUAUAAAGCAGACCUUAAGGUAGCGAACACUGUGAACAACAUUUCGACAAACCAC